AUGUUGUUAGAAAUACCAGAGAUAACUGCUGACCACCCAGAAGUUCAAGCCAUGUUAGAAGAAGCCAAGAAAUGUCCAUCAGUUUCUGAAGAUACAAUGUCACCUCAAAUAUAUGCUAAAGUACUAAAGGGAGCUAUUGCAGAGCUUAUGAAGACAAACAAAGACAGGUUUCCUGGUGCUUCAAAAACAGGAGGGUGGGUAGUGGAUAACUACCCUCUGUCAGCAGACCACUGGUCAGGUUUGUCAGAGAAAGGACUUCUACCUGGCACUGUUGUCUGUCUGAAGGAUACACAAAAAGAUGGAGCCUGUAUACUACACAGAGCAUACCUGGCAAGUAGGUAUGAAAGUAACUCUCAGGUUUUGGAAAGACCAACUGAUGAAGCAUUAGAAAAGAAAGACGAUGAUACAAGAGGAGGACUAGAAGAAACACUGACAUCAGAGGAAGAUCAGUCUCCAGCUGCUGCAGAGAAGAAAGGUGAAAGUGUGUAUCAUUUGAAUUCUGAUCUAAUUAUGUAUUUCUAUCAUUUAGUGGUUUGA